GAGAACCAAACAACCAUUCUUCCGGAUGGCAACAACAAAUUGACAAGUUUACGCUACGCUAAUAUACAUUUUCCGUUAUUUAAAGCAUAUUUUUACAAAAUGUGAAAAUCGUAUUAUCAAGAUUUAGAAACAAAUUCCAGGCAAGAGUGAAUUAUUAAAAUAAGGAGCACAGUCUCCCAUAAUGCAUUGCAGAGCUUAUAUGCUGCUGGAGAAGCAAUAUGCACAGUUUCAAAAAGAACCUCCAUGGGGCAUUGAAGCAUUUUUCACCGAUGAUAGUAACUUCUUUGAAUGGACCAUUAAGAUCCGGGGAUUAAAGGAUACUUUGUGGGAAGGUGGUAUCUUUACUGUGCAUGUGAAAUUUACUGAAAACUACAAUGCUGUUCCACCUUCUGUAUAUUUCCACACAAUACCAUUCCAUCCAAACAUUGACAUGGUAACAGGCAAGCCGUGCAUUAAUUUUUUAGAUAACAUUGAGUUAUGGAAAGAAACAUACAGUGUGGAGUUCAUAUUGCUUGCAGUUCAGAAUCUUUUAAGUAAUCCAGUAUUGGAGUCGCCUGCCAACGAUGAUGCUGCUCAUCUAUUUAACACAAAUGCAUCCAGAUAUCGAGAAUUAGUUUUACAGUGUGUGGCAGCGAGUCAGCGAUAUCAUUCUGGUUGGAAACCACAUGAAGAAAAGAGACCACCAAAGGAGGAAGUCAAACACACAACGCAAACCGCAACACGAAGAUUAUUCCGUAUAUCAUUUGAUGAUUACCACACAACCUGGGCUGGUAUAGCUACCUCUAAACCCAAAUCAGAAAUGAAAAACCCAUUAUUGGAAUCUAUCAAAGAUGAUCCUAAACUUCAGACUGCUCACUAUGGAUUGCCCUAUAAUGAGUUACAGAUACAGAUGAGAAAACAGCUAGAAGAACAUAAUUCUUUGAUGUACGGAAACUUUGCUCGCAAACAAUCUGAGAAGGAAAUGGCUGACAAGAAAAUGGAACAGUUAAAUAAAAUGAGAAGAAUUUACUUCCAGAAGAAACUUGAAAAACCUGCGCCACCACCAUCAUCAGCUCAGAGUGAACAAGGAGACCAUCAUCCUGAUGAACCCUGGGAAAAAGAAGUUGAUGACUUAGUAGAAUGGACGAAUAAAUUAGACGAACAGGAAAUCCAGUGAUACACAUUUAGUUAACUACAGAGGGUGAUAUAGCUUGACUGUGUACCCAGUGAAGAGCCUAUUAGUGACGUAAAUUACAUUCCCUGGACUAUAAGCGCAAUAUUCAUCUGCUGUGUGACAUUUCUUAUUAUAUAUUAUUUUCAUAUGUGUACUGUAUAAUGU